AUGCGCGAACAAACACGCAGUCCCGAAUCUCCGGAGGAGCCGCUGGCCCGUAACUGGAGAAGAGAGAGAAAGAAAGCUGAGCAGGUGAAGAAAAAAAAGAGGAGAAAGAGAAUUCUACCUCAAGCAGAGGACGAGGUGGUUAAGAAGAAGGAGGAAGGGAGAAAGAGAAGAGAGAAGAAGAACUCUUCUGAAGCAAGCGGUCGGUUUGAAGGGGAAAAUGAUUGA